GCCAAAAUAGCUCAUAAAUAGCUCAUAAAUAUCUCGUCGCGCGCGGAACGCCGUCGAUUGCCAGACCUAGGAGACGUUUGUCUCCUGUAGCGUCGAGCCUCGCUGCCUGAAACCGCAGCCAGCAGCCUUGCGCAGAGGAGGACACCAGGGAGAAGCAUGCUGCUCUCCACUCUACGCCGGGCGCCGCGCGCGCCGGCCGCCCACCUCAGCAGCCCGCGCGCGCCGGCCGCCCACCUCAGCUCCCUCGCGUCCAUGACGCCCGGGGGCGGAGUUCACGGCAGCCAGACGAGCGUGAACGCGCGGCGGUGGCGCCAGAAGCCGCUCCUCCGCGUCUACGGCGAGGAGCUCUACUUCAAAACCGGUUCUGAUGCUGUUAAAUUACUAAGCAACGAGGCCGAGAGAAGGGACAAGGACAAACCUUUGUACCUCGAGCAGUUCACGAACUUCAUGAGACACCUCCAGCCGGUCUUUGAUCGAAGCCCGAAAUACGCCUGGUUGGCCAAGAUCCUCCUGGAGCCGGAACGGACGGUGUCGUUCAAGGUCACGUACAUUGACGACUGGGGCAACGCGCGGACGAACCGGGGCUGGCGCGUCCAACACAGCUCAUCGUUGGGACCCUUCGGCGGGCCCAUGCAUUUUGGGCGCCACGUCACCGAAGAUCUACUGAGAGCUCAAUCUUUCGACGCGACCUUCGCCAACGCUUUGACGGGGCGAAGACUCGGCGGUGCCGCGGGCGGUGCCAAUUUUGAACCGGCUUUAGCGUCCGAAGCGGAGAUCCAGCGCUUCUGCCAGUCGUUCAUGACGGAGUUACAGAAAUAUGUGGGUCCUGGGCUAGACUUACCGAGCAUGGGCGUGAACUGCGGCUCGACCGAGAUCGGCUACAUGUACGGUCAAUAUAAGAGGACGGCUACUAAUUUAUCGAAGCAUGGCUUUGGCAUGUUGUGGGGCGGGAGCGUGCCCCACCCCGAAGUGCACGGCUACGGUCCGGUUUCGUUCGCGAAGAGCUUUCUGGAGGCUCGGGGCGACUCGCUGCGAGGCAAAAGAUGUUUAGUGACCGGGAGUGGCAAAGUCGCCCUGGCGGUGGCCGAUAAACUAGUAGCCGAAGGCGCCAUACCUUUGACGCUGUCGGAUACGUCCGGCUUCAUUUAUGAGGAGGGAGGGUUACCCUCGGCCAAGUUAGCCCAGAUCAGUACGAUCAAGGCGGAGCGAGGCGCUCGGAUCGGGAGGUACAUCGUCGCGUCUACCACGGCGAAGUACAACGACCCCGAGGACAUAUUUGACGUCCCUUGUGAUUUAGUAUUCCCGACCAAUUCAAACGAGAUCGAUGCGCAAGCGGCGGAGAAGCUCGCCAAUAAUGGGUGUAGUACCAUAGUGGACGCUGGCUACUCUCCGACGACCCCCGAGGCCAUCGCAUCUCUGAAGAAGCUGGGCGUGGCGCACUGUCCUUUUAGGGCUACAUUAGCCAUUGGAAAUGCCUUAGCCUACACGUCCAAGGAGCACCAGAUCAUCAAGGCCGAUAUUAGUGAUGAAAUUGAUAAAGAAGCGGCCAGGGUCUUCCAAGAAGUGCAAAGAACGGCGUCGGAGUACAACGUCCGCGGGGAUUUGGACGCGGGCGCGGCGAUCGCGUCCUUCCUGCGCGUGGCGAACGUGAUGGCGUCGCACGGCUCCGUGUAAUUAUGGCCCCUAUUGUUACGGUGCUAGGACAGUGGGCGGAGGCCCUGG